UCUACAAAGUGCGCGCUCUCGUGUGCCAUUUCGGCCGCUGCGCAGCGGUUCCCCAGGCUAGCUACCACCUACUGGCUGAUCGCAAACACCUUUGCUUGGUUCCGUCUGACCGUCUGCCUGCGGUCGAUGAUUGGCGGGGCGGGGCGGCAGCGGCAUGACGGUGCGGUGGCGCGGCCGCGACGCAGGUUUGAAGCCGCUGGUGGCGAGGAGGAGGGAGGGGAGGCCACGACGGCGAGCGCGGGGUGCAUGUGCCGGUCGUGCGCGGCGGUGGCCGUGGCGGACUGCGUGGCGCUGGCGUGCUGCCCCUGCGCGGUCGUCAGCCUGCUCGGCCUGGCGCUCGUCAGGGCGCCCCUCGCCGUCGGCAGGCUGGUGAUCAGGGCCAGGCGGAGGCGGCGGGCGCUGCUGCGCGGCAAGCGGGUGCCCGACGUGGCCGCCGCCGCGGCUCUCCCGGCGCCGGGCGACGACGACCGCGAGAAGGGCGCGGUGAAGGAGGGCGGCGUCGGCGGCGUGCAGACCACGGCGACGAGUACGGGCGGCGAGGUGGGAGUCGGCGAUGAUCACGAGGCGGAGCUGGCGUGGCUGGAGGAGAUGUACCGGACGGGGCGCUGGGGCUUCGGCCGCGUCUCCUUCUCGGCCAAAACCCCGUGAGCCGCGCGCGCCGCCCGAUCCAGCGCCUGCAUGUCAGCCGGGCGGCGCGUGCACGGCGGCGGGUCAACUCCAGAGGUCUUGUCGUAGCGCAGUAGCAGUGACUAGUGAGUACGUACGAUCAGCCGGGCCGGCGUGGAGUGAGAUGCGCGUCGCGAUUUUUUCUCGCGCACGUUCGAAUCUCGAUUUUAUUCAGAGCUGAUUAGAAUUGACAUGUUCCCUUCA